UUACUUCCGCUUCCUUCAACUGAGGAGUCAGGGCCUCCCCCAUUUUUCUCACCCAGGAGGAGGAGGCGGCGGCGGAGGCAGCAGCAGCUUACGAUGUUUGGCCUCAAGAGAAACGCUGUAAUCGGACUCAACCUCUACUGUGGGGGGGCCGGGCUGGCGGCCGGGAGCGGCGGCGCCUCCUCUUCGGGAGGGCGGCUUGUGGCUGUGGGGAAGGAGGCCACGGCCCGGCGAGAGGUAGGGGGAGGGGAAGCCGGUGCGGUGAUUGGCGGAAGCGCCGGCGCGAGCCCCCCAGCCACUCUCGCGCCCGACGCCCGGAGGGUCGCGCGGCCCUCGCCCAUUGGUGCCGAGGGCCCCGACGUCACCGCGACCCCUCCGAAGCUGCUGUUCUUCGCGGCCACCCGCUGUGCGUCGCCGCCUGAAAAGAUGGAAGGCCCAGCCGCCGACGCCAUCAUGUCGCCCGAAGAGGAACUAGACGGGUACGAGCCAGAACCUCUGGGGAAGCGGCCGGCUGUCCUGCCUUUGCUGGAGUUGGUCGGGGAGGCCAGCAGUGGCCCCGGCACAGACGGCUCACUGCCCUCGACGCCACCCCCAGCAGAGGAGGAGGAGGACGAGUUGUUCCGGCAGUCGCUGGAGAUUAUCUCUCGGUACCUUCGGGAGCAGGCGACUGGCGCCAAGGACGCGAAACCACUGGGCGGGUCUGGGGCGGCCAGCCGAAAGGCGUUAGAGACCCUCCGACGGGUCGGGGACGGCGUGCAGCGCAACCACGAGACCGCCUUCCAAGGCAUGCUUCGGAAACUGGACAUCAAAAACGAAGACGAUGUCAAAUCUUUGUCUCGAGUGAUGGUCCAUGUUUUCAGUGACGGAGUAACAAACUGGGGCAGGAUUGUGACUCUUAUUUCUUUUGGUGCCUUUGUGGCCAAACACUUGAAGAGUAUAAACCAAGAAAGCUGCAUCGAACCAUUAGCAGAAAGCAUCACAGAUGUUCUUGUAAGGACAAAACGAGACUGGCUAGUCAAACAAAGAGGCUGGGAUGGGUUUGUGGAGUUCUUCCACGUAGAGGACCUAGAAGGUGGCAUCAGAAAUGUGCUGCUGGCUUUUGCAGGUGUUGCUGGAGUAGGAGCUGGUUUGGCAUAUCUAAUAAGAUAGCCUUUUAAGUGCAAUAAUUGACUUUUAACCAACCCCAGGCACCAAAAUCACAUAACGACUGCUGUGAAUCAAAUGUAUUUAUGAAGUUGGACUUCAAGCUGUCCAGGCUGUAACCUCCAAGAGUUCUACUCUAGCAACGUAGAAAAGCAAGUGGCAAGAGGAUUAUGGCUAACAGGAAUAAAUACAUGGGAAAAGUAGUCCCCCUUGAAGAGUCACUGUCUAAAGCAAGGUUCAAUUUCAGCAACAGGCAAACUGGGGGGCCGUGGAAGAGGACUUUUAGAGUUAGUGAAGAUGGUAGGCUUGAAGAGACUUGAUUUCCUUGUCUAGAACAGGAGAGUGGCCAGUAGCCAGGCUAGUCAUAGAGUCCAUUAAAUGUCCACUGAAAUAAUUAACUUCUUAUAGUGUUAAAAGAGAAGCACUAACAAUGGCAGUGAUCUGUAUAAAAUGGAUUUAAGCUACAGGUAAUAGAACUAUGACUAGAAGCCUCCGUACUGUACAACAGAGUGUGAAGGGAAGCUUUUUCUCUGCAAUUAGCUUUUCCCAGGUGUACUUCUUGAAUAGAAAGUCCAAGUGCUCAGGACUUUUUAUACCUGUUCUACUUUGGCUUGGUUUGAGUGGUUUAGUUUAUUAGCCUAGUAAUGGCCAAGAAUACUUGACUUAAGGCUCAAUAAUGACAAUUGCAAAUAUGAAAAUAUCCUCAAUUUUUAAGACAAAAACAACUUGUAAAUGUAUUUGUCUGUAAAAAUUGUAUAUAUUUUUACAGAAAGUCUAUUUGAAAUGUAAAGGGAUGAAAAGUCUCAAAAUACAUUAAUUUUUUCAUACCCGUUUGAAAUUUCCAACUUCUGUAGUUAAGAAUCUAUUUCUUACAGCUUUUCUAUUCUAAAUUUUAUCCUGGUCAGUUAUAGAUUGUAUACAGAACCAGUUGAUGUAAGUGUAUGCAACUUGGUUGUAGUGGAACAAUUCUGAUUCAUAACUGUGCAGACUUUAAUUUUCCUAUCUGAUUUUGGUAAGUAUUCCUUAGAUUUUUUUUUUUAACUGCGAUUGAAAAAUUGAAUGGAAAUUCAUCCUUUCACUUCAUUACAUGUAGGUUUUCAAUAAGUGAGUCAAGGUGGAGUUUUAAGUUUGGUGGGCGGUGCCGGCUGGUGACUUAGAAAUAAUGGGUUCUGAUUGGGCAGCUACUCAUUUCAGUUCUUUCCAUUUGAGUUAAUUUACUGGUGAAAUUUAAAUUGAGUUUAUGAGCUCAUCUUCAAAGCUUUUACUAAAAGAUUUUCAGCUGUUCCAAAUGGGACUUACUAGCAGUAUGUGUAUAAAAAGAUCACAUCAGGUGUAUGAGAGACAUUUGAUCCCUUGUUUGCUUAAUAAAUUGUAAAACGGCUUGGAAAAGCAGGCUUAUAGUCUAACCAUGGUGCUAUUAUUAGGCUUGCUUGUUAAACACAGGUCUAAGCCUAUCAAUAAAACAAAUACUUAUGUUUCAUUUCUAUUAAUGAUUCCCAAACUUUGUUCAAAUUUUUGCAUUGGCAUCUCUUUGGAUUUCAGGCUUGAUGUUUUAUCAAACUUUUUAUUUUCUAUACUUCCUUGAAGUAUUUGCUGCUUGUUCUCCCUGUACAAAUAGUUAUAUCAAUUCCUACAUCCUUACCAUGCCAUCUCUGAACUCCUACUGGCCCUUUUAGUUUUUGGCACUAUGAACCCUAAGUAAGCCCCCAGGAGACCACAGACCUUCAUCCUUAAUGAAUUUUAUCCUUGGGAGGUGGUAGGUAGUACAGUGGGUGCCAUGACCAUGAGAGACAUAUGGUGGAGGAGUCCCUUUUCCUUUGGUACCUUUUCAGUUACUGCUUUAUCCUAUCUUUGGGGGAAAAGUUUUUAAAGUCCCUUUAGGAAUUUUCAGAGAAGGGGGACAACAAAUGGUGUGACUUUCUCUAGGUUCCUUUAUGUUUGAAAAAGCUCAUUUAAAAUUACAGAAAGGGAUGGGUUCUGUUAGACCUCAGAGUUCUAUAAAAACUGGUAAACUGAAGAAAGCUUCUGUAGUAGAUCUAGGGUCAUUUGAAAGCUUCAUCCUUGGAACGUAACCUUUGGUCUGUGGACUCCAGAUGAAAACAGGCAUGAAUAAAAUGACUAAGAAUGUAAUAAAUAGGGAGGGAUUGCCCUGCCUGCCCAUCCUUGAGCCAUAAGGUCAUCUAGCUAGAGCUAUUUUUACCUAUGUAUUUAUCGUUCUUGAUCAUGAACCACUUAUUUAUGUCAUGUCUAUCUCUAAGGACCUGAAAGCACUUUAUGUAGUUUUUAAUUAAUCUGAAGAUCUGGUAAAGGUGACUAAAAGGCCUGUCUCCCCAUAUCCACUUGUGGAAAUAAGCGCAUAGAUGGAGAUUGGUGGAGUUUAGGGAACCCACCCCAAUUUUCUAGGUGUGACUGCUGAAAUGUAGAGAAGGAUCUUAGUUGAAACUUUGGGUCAGGGGCUUGGAGGGCUUAGCCCAAGUGCUUUGGGGAAGGUUGGGUGGUUUUGUAGGGAGAGGAGGCACGUGUCCUCAGUGCUGGCUAGCUGCAUAGUUCAGGCAAAUCCUCCAGAAUGGAAGGGGAGGGUUGUGUGGAAAGCUGGCUCUCAGCAACUUGUCUUCUGUCUCUCAGGGAAAACAUGCAGUCCUGUAGUGUCCGGGCACACUCUGUUGGGGGCGAACAUCUUGGUUCUGGUUAAAGAGCUCAUGCUAUUGACAGCUGUGCCAGGAAGGGUUAGGACCAACUACAAAUUAACAUGGGCUGUAAAAUGUAGUGUGUUUCCCUAACUUCCUGUUUUUCCUGAGAAGAAAAUAAUAAACCUUUUAUUCAAAUGCAAGGUGUGGUAUGGGUGUUUUCUAAUCGAUGAUUGUCUUCCCCCCACUUAGGCCUUUUUAGGGAAGUCAGCUGAGCAAAUAAGUAUAGGUGAGUUGACCAGCAAAAGCUCCAUAAAGCUAAUUUGCUCAGGCAAAGGAUAGUUCCCUUCAGAGUAACCAUUUCAUUGAAAUCAGGGGUGUUGGGUUUUGAAAUGUAUUACUGUGGUACUUUGGAGUAAUUCUACAUUUUAAGCGAGAAUCAAAAAUCCUGAUUUUUCUUUUAGUCACCAUGUGCUGGUAUAAUUUUGAGGUAAGCUGUUUCGUUGCUGCAUUUACUGUAUCUCCCCAUCUCAACCUUUUCAGAUGAAGGAGCUAGAAGAAUUAACAUCCACAGUUUAAGAGUUUUGAUAAGAUUCUUGGUACUGUUUCAGUACUUUUCCCCUUUCCUCUCUCAAAAAGGAAGUGGAGAGUAAGCACUUAAAUUUCAGAAACUCUAUCUUGUCUUCAACUACCUUGAAAGAAAGGGAGCUGAAUCACCAUGGCAAUGUGCAAAUAUGAAGUUUGCAUAUUGGUUUUAAAAGCCUUGAGCACCGGAUGCCAAUUGUACGAACAGGAUUCUGUGCUUUUGUGCACUUAGAAGCACAUUUCUGCUUAGAAGCUCCUCUUUUUCUGGAGUCUGACUACCAGAAGAAUGCAACUUUUUAUCCUUACAAAGAAAGCGGUUACAUACUAAUGCACUCCUAAGCAGAAAAUUGAGGGGAGGGUACCUUAGGACCCAAGGGCCCAAAUCUUGGCCCCAGCUGAGUUGUACACAGUGCUAUUGCUCCCGUUGAUAGAUUUUGAUGUGAAGCCAUUUCUGUGGUCAUGUUCCUUAGUUUAACACCUUAAAAACUUGGCUCAAAUGGUAACCAGGUAACAUGAGUCACCGAGGGAGUCAAAAUAAUCAACACUUCCCUUCAUUUGACACAACCAAGACUUUGUCUUUCAGUUCCUGUUUUUGUGACUUUAGAGCUACCUCUUGCUUCAUAUAAUUUCCUUUCAGAAAAUUUUAAAGCAGUUGUGACAGCUGGUGGAUUUUACAAAAGUUAAAGUGAAGUAACUUGUACAACUGGUGUGUAGCAUGGAUCCAGCCAGAUUCCCAGAGCAUGGGUGGUUUAUUCCUGGAGUUCAAGAUGAUCUAUCUUAAAUUAUCCCUAGCUCUUUUUGGCCCCACUUGUUCGAUGAUUACAGAACUUUGUCUUCUGCACCCUACCACACUGUUCAAAGGCGUCUCAGUUUCUAGAUUUGAAAACUUAGACCUUCUUUGGUUUCAGAGUUGUUACAGUGUUAUCUUAGUUAUGUGAAGCAUGUGGAAAGAAGGGGGUUGGGAAUCUGUCUCCAGGCAGAUGAAACAGACCUAAGAAUUCAGUGGGGUUUUUUUUCUUUUUUAAGAUUUUAUUUUUGGGGCGCCUACCUGGCUCAGUUGAUAGAACAUGCGACUCUUGAUCUCAGAGUCAUGAGUUCAAGUCCCACACUGGGCGUGGAGCCUACUUAAAAGAUGAAGUAAUCUCAACACCCAACAUGGGACUCGAACCCACAACCCUGAGAUCAAGAGUCCCAUGCUCUACCAACUGACGUUAGCCAGGUGAGCUGAGAAUUCAGUGUUCUUUACUAAUAAUUCUUGUGAGGUAAAAAGGGUACCUGUGGCAGGUUUUUGUACCCACAGCAUACCUGGUUUCCCUUUGCAGUUCCUUUCUUUACCUGAAUAGAAUAGUAAUUCUUAACUGGUGGGAAAUCUGUGAGGGCCAAGAAUGCUACUCCAGGUUUUACCCCUUCCAAGCAUCCAUUUCCAGGUCUUAUUUCUGCCAUUGGUCUCUGUAUUCUUAACUCACUUUGCCUUCUCAUUUCCUGUUCAAGGAUUACUUUCCGUUUAGUAAGAAGUUUAGUAAACGUUUCAACUGUGCAAUGAGCUGGGACAUUUAAUGAGCUCUAGGCAGCCAGAUGUUUGUUGAGUCUCUUCAUUCAUCCAUUACAUGUCAGUGAACUACUUGCUAUUUACCUUGCACUGUUGGAUGCUGGAAUUACAAAGAGAAUAAUUCUUUCUCUCAAAUUCCAUCAGAAAAAAAACUAGGGAAAAGGGUGUCUGCCUGGCUUAGUGGAGCAUGCGACUCUUAAUCUCAGGGUUGUGAGUUCAAGCCCCAUAUUGGGCAUGGAGCCUACUUAAUAAAAAAGGAACAGUGGGAAGACACAUGGCAACUAAUGGUAGAUCUUUGAUUGGACCCUUGGUGAAAACUCUAGUGUGCACAAUUAGGGAAAUGUUAAUAUGGGCAGUAUGUUAAAUGGUACUGUAUCAUGUUAUAUUUCUUGAGUGUAUUAUAGUAUAGUUAUAUAAGAGAAUGUUCUCAGGCUGAAGAGUUGAAUGUAUCACAAAACCAUAUAAUGAGAAAGCAAUUGUGCCAAGAUGGCUUACAGGCUUACAAUCUAGUAGGAGUGAUAACUAUGGAUGAAAAUAAUUAGAGUACAUUUCAUGAAGUGCUAUGAUAAAGAUAUUCUAAGAUAAAGGGUGGAACAAAGCAGGGUGACCACUUCUGGAAGCAGAUGGUCAAGGGUUCAAAAGAAACAUUUGAGGUUGAACCUUAAAGAAUGAGUAGGAAACAAACAUGCACAGAAGCAUGGAGUUGGGAAAGAACUUCCAGGAGUGCAGGGGGAGGGUGGGGAGGUUUAGAUCAUUUUUUUUCUUCUCAUUUCCUUCCCUGCCUGCCUUCCCCUUCAUCAUACAUAGCCACUGAAUAUAUCUCUUCAGUUUCUUCCAUUUGUGGCCUUAUAUAAAAAUAAGGGGAGCCUGGGUGGCUCAGCCCAACUCUUGAUUUCAGCUCAGGUCAUGAACUCACAGUCCUGGAAUUGAGCCCUGCAUCAGGCUCCACGCUGAGCGCGGAUCCUGCUUGGGAUUCUCCCUCUCUGCACCUCCCUGGCUUGUGCUCUCGCGUGUGCUCACUCUAAAAAUAAAUAACAUUUAAAAAGAUGGAAAAUCCCUGGUGGAGAAAAAAAAAAAAAAAAGAUGUGUCUUUGGUCUUAAAAGUCUGAAUUUGGUGUAAAUGACACACAGCUGGGUGGAUCGUGUUUAUUUGGGAAGUAGAGAAGAUAGACCCCAUUGAUUGUUUUCCCCGUCACGUCAGUGGUGGCCCUGAAUACACUCGGUCUCGGAUUAUAGCCGUCCCUGGAUCUUGGUGUAGGAGCUGGCUUCGGCAGACCUGCUUUGAAUCCAGCUGUUUUGAAUAAAGUCUUCAGAACCUCACCUGGGGUAGCUCCCUCGCCAGCCAUCUGUCCUUUACCCACCCAGGUUCACAUAACCAGGCAAAGGAACCAAUUUUUCCAAGUCAGACCCAAGAGUGCUGUGCGCUCUAGAGAACAAACUUUUAAUAAAGAACAGCCUCCCAAAGCUAUUUAAUGGGACCCCAAGAUACUGAAUGGUGGCUCCACUCUCCCUAAUCCC